GGAUGUCCAUUCAGUAUGAUGAGCCUGCGCUAACAGAGAGUUACGAUGUUGUGGGGUCAUUUCCUAAAAGUUUUGGCUACGGGGUGGAGGAGCCAGACAUGGAGGAGAGCUCCACCUCAGCUGACAAACCGAGGAUACUGCUGAUGGGACUGAGGCGGAGUGGCAAGUCUUCUAUUCAGAAGGUUGUUUUCCACAAGAUGUCACCCAACGAAACACUGUUUCUAGAGAGCACCAACAAAAUCUACAAGGACGACAUCUCCAGCACCUCCUUUGUCAACUUCCAGAUCUGGGACUUUCCUGGCCAGGUGGACUUCUUCGACCCCUCGUUUGACAGCGAGAUGAUCUUUAACGGGACCGGCGCUUUGAUCUUUGUCAUUGAUGCUCAGGAUGACUACGUCGAGGCCCUCGGGCGGUUACAUCUCACCGUAUCCAGAGCCUACAAAGUGAAUCCAGACAUCAACUUUGAGGUGUUCAUCCAUAAAGUAGACGGUCUGUCAGACGACCACAAAAUAGAGACACAAAGAGACAUUCAUCAGCGGGCCAACGAUGAUCUUGCCGACGCCGGUCUGGAGAAGCUUCACCUCAGCUUCUACCUAACCAGCAUCUACGACCACUCCAUAUUUGAGGCCUUCAGUAAAGUUGUCCAGAAGCUCAUUCCUCAGUUACCAACGUUGGAGAACCUUUUGAACAUUUUCAUAUCGCACUCUGGGAUCGAGAAAGCGUUCCUGUUUGAUGUUGUUAGCAAGAUUUACAUCGCCACAGACAGUUCUCCUGUGGACAUGCAGUCCUACGAACUCUGCUGUGAUAUGAUAGAUGUUGUCAUUGAUGUCUCCUGCAUAUACGGGCUGAUGGCGGAUGGUAGUGGCUGUGCCUAUGACAAGGAGUCUAUGGCAAUCAUCAAGCUCAACAACACCACAGUGCUUUAUUUGAAAGAGGUCACUAAGUUCCUCGCUCUCGUCUGCAUCCUCAGAGAGGAGAGCUUUGAGAGGAAAGGUUUGAUAGAGUACAACUUCCAUUGUUUUCGAAAAGCCAUCCACGAAGUGUUUGAAGUUGGCAACCCACCACAAGACGUCCGCUCCUCCAGCAACAACCUGACAGGCCUAAAGUACGCGGGGCUGAACGGAAGUGCUGUUUAGAGGGCAGAAGGUGUGUGUGUUAUUCUUUAAUUAACCUGGAGAGCUCUGCGACUUGGAGGGAUCACAUGAAAGCGCACAUGCCUCCUGUCAAACACACAUUGCCUUACUGUGUGCAACUGAAUGUGAAUCAGUUAGAGCUGAUGAACUGAGCUUACGCCAAAAAACAACAAAAAACAAAAUAGUGGUUCCUUCUUUCCGCACAUUUAUCGGUAUUUAAAUGUCAGCUGUGUUUACCUUCUUGGCCAGUUUAUUCUGUGUACUCUGCAACAUUUAAAUAUACUCCUAAGAGCCUUCUGAUCCAGUUUAAGCACUUACCGUCAAUAUGAACAAAAAGCUCCAUUGAGUGAAGCUAAAACUGAAUUUCCACAAACUAUAAUCAACAGUACAAACUUCUUUCAUGUUCCUGCUCAUUAAACUUUGAAAUAUUAAGUCAUGUAAGUGGAUCUAAUAGCCAGUAUGAAAAAGAAAGCACAGUGUUUGUCCUUAUGUGUUUCUUCUGUUGAUAAUGACUCAUGUGACCAGCGGCCGGAGCUCUGCUCAGGAUCCCCGUCAGACCAGUACUGUGCCAGUUACACCAUUAGAGCCUUGGUUUAAUAACAGCAUGUUGGUUUUAAUGGAGUCUGGAAAUAAUAGAUGAUGCUUUUCACACGGACAAACCUGCCACGUCUGCGACGCUCAACUUUUUGUAGCUUGUGAUGAACGUUUUGACCAAAUUUGCUUUACAGGGACUCAGUUUGUAGCGGUUUGUUUUGCUUUCUUGGUGCAAGCCUUGAAUAAUAUUUCAGGGAUUUAUAAUUAUUGUACAUAAUUCUUUAAUAAAAUAUGU